AUAGGCUGUUAGUGUGUGUGAAAAAAAAAACGAUUGAAUGAAUCGGCUGCUGACCUUUCGUAACUGUCAAAUGCGGAAAUUGGUUAAUUCCACCGUAAAUACAUUUUUCUACAGAAAUGUCUAAUAUUAAGAUUAAUAAGUGACUAAACCGCCGUAGCUGUGAACAACUGUGAUAUAAGUAAUACGAAUAAAGUGCUGUUAUGAAUAAAAUUUAAAUUAUUGUUAGUGUGAAAGCCGUUUGGGCGUUUUGUUAUUUUUCUACUUUAUUACGAGUUAAAAAUGGAAAAGAACAAGGAAUAUCACGACCCGGAUUACCCGGAGGCCUCAGUGCGGGUAAAGGUGGAGACUCUUAGUUUGUCAGAGGAGGAAAAAGAAGAGAAGAUAAGAAGCAUAAUUGAGAGGGAGUUUAAGAAUGAGAUCGAUGUUCGUGAGAAUGAAGUGAUGCUGGCGGAUCAGCGAAUGGCCACAGCGCGCAGGAUGCUGCACCGGCUGCGCUGCGUGCUGGUCUCCCGGUACUACCGGGACAAGAAGCUGCAGCUACCUGAGGAGCCUGAGUCGUCAUCAUCAGUGCGCAGCGGGCAGCGACGCCUGCACCCCUCCGUGAGGAAGCUCCUCGGUAAGACGACGGCCGAUAUAGAGGAGAUCUUCAGACCGCUGGCCACCAGGAACAAGAGGAGAGAUUACUCUGCAAUGUUACAAGCCCGCAACUACACGAUCCCGGCAGACGGCUCGCGCUCGCUGCGGCCCGGGGAGCCCCGCGAGGAGCCCGAGUCGGACCCCAAGCCCACCAAGGUGCCGCGACACAUCGAGCCGAGACCCGAGAACGUACUGACACUAGACGAGGUCACGAGGAACAAGAUGAAACACCGCUAUAGGAUUAUUAUUGGUGAGUUGAUAGUAUUGGAGCCCCACGAGCCUUACAAGCCCAACAAGGUGCCGCGACACAUCGAGCCGAGACCCGAGAACGUACUGACUCUAGACGAGGUCACGAGGAACAAGAUGAAACACCGCUAUAGGAUCAUUAUUGGAAACACAUCAAAAUACGCCCCGGCGGCGUCCAGCAUGGACCGGUCGACCCACAAGUGGCUGCUCUACGUCCGCGGGCCCGCGGGCCGUGACGCCUCCAGGCUGCUGCGCGCCGUGGUCGUGACGCUGCAUCACUCGUACGCGCCGCACCACAUUGUGCAUAUAGAUAAACCACCGUACCACAUAUCGCGGCGCGGCUGGGGCGAGUUCCCGGCGAGAGUGGAGCUGCACUUCAAGCUGCCCGACCGGAACCGACCGGCCACCGUGGAACACACCAUCAAACUAGACAGACACUACACUGGACUGCAAACACUAGGUGCAGAAACUUUAGUAGAUGUCUGGCUGUACAGUACCCCGGACAUGCUGGAGUGUGAGUACAAGGAGGAGCAGGAGACCCUGCCGGAGCCCGCCCCGGUGCCCAAACAGGAGCCCGUGGAGCCCGAGCCCGAACCACCGGCACCCGACAGCUGGCUGGACUUCUUCACGGAGAACACUAAGCUGGACGUCGAUGAGAUGAUCAUUAAGCCGGAGAAGAAGCAGGACAACCAUAUAGAAAACCACCUGGACUUAGACAACCACAUAGACCAACAAAUAGACUUGGAACCAAAGGACAUUAAACCAGACAUAUUCGACCUUGAAAACUUCAUCAAAAUGGAAAACGACCACGUGGACUGGUCAAACGAUAAAACUAUAGAAAACCCUUCCGAAACUAUACCUAACGAAAUACUGAACCAGCCCGCAUCGCCCAAGAAACGAAUCAUGAAAUAUCUAGACCCGAAAACAGGAAAAAUAUACUACCUAGAAAUGGAUAGGAACUUAGAUCUAAGCAAAGUGCAAGAAAUAGUAAUCAACUCGAAAGGAAACAUGAAAACGGCGAAAUUAAGUCCUGUAAAGCAGAACGGAGUGAAAAAAGUGAAAAAAGGUGUUUCGUUAUUGAAGCCGGAAGUUAAAAAUUUGAUAAACAAUAAGGAGAAGCUAAAGAAGAAUUUUACACAUAUACAAAACGAUCAUUGUUAUUUAGGAGUGACGUGGGCGAAGAGUAUAACAUUCAGUGCUCCGGACAAAGUGUUAGUGAAAAAAGAAAGUAAUCUAUACGAUAGUUUGUGUGCGUGUGUGAGUAGGUUUACCUGUGUGCGUGUGGCGGUGAACUAUCUGCUUAGGAAAGUGCCGAUAGUGACGGAGCUGGCGAGAGACCCGGACUUUAAGAAGUGCUUUCCUUUUACGGUGGACAGCGAUGAGAGGUUUUGGAAGAUGGAUUUUGCUAAGCGGAGAAAUAAAGAGUGGUCAAGAGCCAAGUUAAUCAACACAAUCCUCACGGAGCACUUCCGCACCACCGAACCUAUCUGGCGCACCAAGCAGAUCCUCAUCUUCUCCCGUCUCCAUGGAUACCAGCCCGUCCGGAAAGACAGCUUCUCCACCGACUACUGGGACAACACGGAGAUUACCACAGACCCGGCCACUAUUAGUGUGUUUAACCCGGAGGAUUUCAAUAAGAGUUUGACGGAUACUGUGGAUGUUUCGGACGAUGAAGAUGUUGAGGUGGUAGGCGAAGUGCCGUCUCGUGUGGGUGCGAAGAAAGAGGAACCGUCGGGCCUCGCCGUGCUGCCGGUGGAGAGGGAAGAGGACAGACUGCGGUUCCUCUUCCUGGAGCGGACGUGCGCGGACAUAGGCGUGGAGUUGAGGAACGAAGAUGUCGGCAAUGGAUACUCUUAUAGCGCGGUGCACGCCGUCCUGCUGUCAGCGCUGCGGAGCUUCGCGGAGGAGUUGAUCCGGAAUUCGCACGCGGCCGCCUUACUGGAGGCCAGCGCGCCGCCGCCGGACCAAGGGCCCAGCGUGUGGACCGGCUGGGCGUCGGGCACGGCGGUGGCGCCGCGCUGCGUGGCGCGCGGCGCGGCGCGGGCGAGGUUAGCCGCCCUCACCGCCACCGGCAGGGACUGCGGGGCGCCCCGGAAACAUACCAACGAGCUAUUAUAA